AUGCAAGACAAACAAAUAAUGUCUGCAAAAUCUGUUUUGCGUAAACAAUUGUAUUCAAUAAUAAAUAAUCUAUCAAAAGAAGAAAUAAAUCGACAGUCGAAAAUUGUCACAGCUAAGGUAUUACAAAAUGAAGAAUUUAAAAAAUCGAAAGUUGUUUCUAUAUAUUUGAGCAUGCACAACGAAAUUCAAACGGAAGAUAUUCUAGAAGAAAUAUUCAAGCAAGAGAAAAAAUGUUUUAUACCGAGGUAA